AUGGAUUGUUGCCGAAAAAAAAUUAGCCAUUCUCGAAGAUCAAAUACUUCAAAAAAUAUGCACAAUGCAUUAAAAUACACAUAUUGGUUUUUGAAUAUAAUAGCAAUCUGGCAGCUUAUGUUCCAAUCGUUAAAUUUAAAAAAAUUAAUAUCUAUUAUUCAUGUGUUUAUUGUGUGUGCAAUGUUUAUAUGGCAACUAUUUGUUAGGUGUUAUCAUAUGUAUUUUUAUGCAACAGAUCUUAAUGAGCAAGUGACUUUACUCGCACCUAUUGCAUUCAUUUUUGUAGUAUUACUAAAAUAUAUAGCUAUCGUUUAUCGUCAUAAAACAAUAAUGAAAUCAAUAGAACACAUAAGGGCUGAUUGGAGUGCAACAAAAUACAAAGAAGAAAAAGAAAUAAUGGCAAAAAAUACUAAAAUAAGCAACAACAUAACUUUUAUAUUUUCAAUACUUAUGUAUACAAGUGGCACAUUGUAUAAUUUUUUUAUGCCUCACGUGAUACCACUUUUAUUUCGGAAUAAUAAUCAAAAUACUUCUGAGAGACUAAUAAUUUUUCCUGGUUAUAAUAUCAUUAGCUUGAUUGAUUCAUCUCCGUUCUAUGAAAUAACAUUCUUUUUUCACGCUGUAGCUAUUUUUUUUUGUUUCACAGUGCUUGUCAGCACAUGUAACAUUACUAUUAUUUUAGUAACUCAUGCAAAUAGCCAAAUUCAAAUUGCUAUUGUAAAAUUUAAGUCGUUGAUAAAUGAUUUUUAUGAAGGAGCCAAAUUUUCGAACCAAAAAAUAUCAAUUGCAGUUCAACACCAUGUCAGAGUACUUGAAUUUUCCAAAACAAUGCUUAGAGAAGCAUUAUUAGAAUAUUGCCUUAUAGAGAUCGGUGCAUCUUCUAUUCUUCUUUGCAUUGAUGAAUUUUGUUUUUUAAGGAUGUUGGAUAAUCAAGACAUCGCAAACACGAUACCAUAUAUUAUGCUAUUUUUUGCUUUGAGCUUAAAUAUAUUGAUAUUGUGUUACUUCAGUGAACUUCUUAACUCUGAGUUUAUUGAAGUUGGAAACCAAUUAUACAUGACUGAAUGGUACAAGAUUCCAUCUAAAGCAAGAAGAUAUUUUAUUCUCAUAAUUAAUAUGUCUCAGCGGCCGCAAAGAAUAAGUGCUGGGGGAAUAAUCGAUUUAUCCUAUAUUACCUACAUACAAAUCAUUAAAACUGGAUUUGCAUACUUACAAAUUCUAAGAGCUUCAAAUACGCACUAA